AUGGUCACCAGGAAGAGAGACAUCACGGUCGAUGUGGCCAGUCUGUUCAAAGAUGUGGAAGUCAAGGUGCCACUCUUGACGGCGUUAAAGAUGCCCCCAGUCAGUAAAUUCAUCAAGGACUACCUGGCGGGCAAGGUAAAUGAAGAAGGGAGAAUUAUUACAGAAGAGAAUGUCUCCGCAGUGAUCCAGCGGGGUGACCUCCCAUCAAAGAAAAUCGACCAAGGGAUGUUCACGCUCCCGAUUUCAAUUGGGGAUAUUGAAGUGAAGCACGCAAUGUGCGAUUUAGGGGCAUCUAUCAAUGUUCUACCGUAUGCUAUCUACAAAAAGCUGGGAGAGACUAAGCUGGUCGAUACCGACAUCAUGAUACAGCUAGCCAACAGAUCCUGCAUUCACCCUGAAGGAAUUCUUGAAGAUGUAAUACUGAAGGUAAACAAUUUUCUGUACCCAGCCGACUUUUUCGUAAUCAAGAUGACAGAGCCAGCAGCGAAGGAGGCCAGCGGAGUUCUAUUGGGAAGAUCAUUCCUGUCUACGGGCAGCACUAUAAUCGACGUCCGUAAUGGGACGAUCAGUUUGGAUUUCAAUGGAGAACAGUUUACAUUCAAUAUUGACGAAGCAAUGAAGAGGCCGGCAGAUUGUGAAAACGUGUAUUCGGUGGAUGACUAG